AUUCCCAUCCAUGGAUUCUGCCGAGCACUACAGUUUCUGCUUCGCUGAUGCACCCCUUGGAAAUCCCGCGGUCAUCAGAAACCCAGGUCCAUGGAUUUUGCCGAGCUUCGUGAUUCUAGAACACGGACCGACCGACACGGAGUGUAGAUUGAUUCUCACACGGAACAGGAACUCCCAUCCCUCAGGCUUCUUGGACGACGUCCAGUCUGGCUUCGUCAACCCCAGGGAAUUUCCCGCAGCGGGUUUAUGAAAUGCUUCGUAGUUUCGGCACCAGGUUCAGAGGGUCUUAUUCCGAACGCCCGUGUCCCGGGCAUCUCGAAGCACGCAGCUGCGUAGCGGUCAAAGAACUUAUCGCUCUAGGGAGGGGAGAUACCUAAGAGUCGCUAUCUUGUUCUCGUCUCGCUUUCUGACCAGGCUACCAGAUUCUAUUUCCUGCAUAACGGUUAGGGUUACAAGAUCAUUAGCACAGUAGCUUUCACUACCUCCGUGCACCAGUAGAUCGGUUACGGUUACAAGGUCAUUUAUUGGCAGCCAUGCCGAGGUCUCGGGAAACCGUCCAUUUUUUGCUCCCGCCGUCAGACGAUUCUGCCGGCCGGGACGUUCUACUGGACCCCUUACCCGGCGGGCCGUCGCCGACGGCUAGCCGGCCACCCUCCGGCCCCAGCAGCGCUGCGCCGGUCGCUUCGCCGGCCGUGGCGUCGUCGCUACCGUCGGCGAAGUUCGCCGCCAUGCGACAUCGCAGGGUUUCGAUGGACCUUUCCAAGACGCCGUCGCCCAUGGGAGCCGGUCAGGCCCCAAUGCUGGCGAGUGCAGAGGGCACGCGGCUGAAGAGCAUGAACCGCACGACUGGCAACCGCAGCCGCGCCGUGCCGCUGCGAGGCAACGAUCUGACCAUCUCCGCGCCCUCGUCCCGCCUCAAGCACGACCUGCGCCACGUGCAGUUCGACUCCAAGCCUGUGCUAGGAGCGUUAAGAACGAAGCUGGAGUCAGCAAAGGACAAGAUGGACGCGGAGCUCCGCUGCUUCUGCCUCGACAUCUUCCACCCGCUCUCGCCCCUCUCCCCCCUCUCCCUCCUCCCCGCACGCUCCCCACUCCUCCUCCCCUCUCACUCCCCCCCCUCGCCCUUCCCCCAGUCCUCCGCGCAUUCCCCCCUCCCCUCGCCGCUCUGCCCCUCAGUCUCCCCCACUACUCCAGUCACCCCUGUACCCUGUAUUGGCAGAGGCUCCCGUUUGCCCCCGUUCGGACCGGGAGAAACUGGCUCUGCUGCGGGUGCUGCUGCUGCUGGUGGUUCUGAUGCUGAUGGUAAAGUCAUUCCUGGUAGUGCUGGUGUUGUUGCUGCUACUGGUGCUGGUGCUGCUGGUAGUGGUGGUGUAGGUAGUGGGGCUACUAGUAGCAUCAGUAGUAACAGCAGCAGCAGCAGCGGCGGCGGCGGUAGCAGUGGCAAGAGCGGCGGCCGUUCUUUCAAGAUACCAGCAGCAGUGCCACCACUACCUCCCUCGGCCGCUGCAGCAGCGGUAUCAACAUCACCUACCACCACCACCACCUCCACCACCACCACCAGCACCACCACCAGCACCACCAGCACCACCACCACUCCUACCACCACUACCGCCACCACAAGCACGGGCAGUGUCUGCAGCAGCAGUGCCAUCACCACUGGCAGUAUCAGCAGCACAGAAUGGGCGGCAGGAGUGCGUCAGCUCAAAUCCAUAGCCGAGCGCUGCCUUGCCAUGUCAGCAGACGAGUUUGGGCGGCAGAGCGAGUCUUUAGUGCAGGAGCUGAACGCUGCCAGACAAGGCAUGCCACCCGGGAGCCCGCUGCGCCAGCUCAUCAUGAAGCUGCUUUUUGUCCUGACUCGGUGCACAAGACUGCUACAGUUCCAGAGGGAAGGGGCGGUGCGGAGGAACAGGGUAGGGGUGAGGGAGGGUGUAUCUGGUGCAGGUGAUGCCAGCAGUGGUGACGUCACUGCUGAUGUCAGCAAUGUUGCAGGAAGGGGAAGAAGCAGAAGGUCAGAUACAUAUGUAGCUGUCAGGCAGGCAGAUGCAGAAGGUCACAUACCCAUGACUGGCAGAAGGUCAGAUAUUCCUGUGAUGCUGGAUAAGGUGCGGUCUAGGCGAGUGGUGUUUGGAAGCGAUUCGCGGUGGGAGGAGGCUCUAAACCUGCAGAGGGGUGUCUGUAACGAGGAUGAAGGCUCCAGCCAGGGUGCGAGUAAGAGCAGUGCGGUUUGGAGUGGUUUGUCGGAGUUGGGAGGAUGGGGAGAGGGAUAUGAGGGGCUACAGCAGCAGCAGCAGCUGAAGGAUGGGGAAGGAGGUGAGGGAGCAGCAGAAAGGGCAGAAGAUGUGGAGGGUAGCAGGCUUGACAGAGCCCACGUGGGAGAGCAGCAGCAGCAGCAGCAGCAGCACCAGCAGGUGCCGAAGCCCUCAUUACGUUCUGUUCGCUCGCGGUCGAGCUUCCACAGCCCGGAGCACAGACGAGCAGCUCUGGCUGCUGCUGCUGCUGCUGGUGACGCUAACGCUGGUGAGAGUGCUGAUGGUGAUGCUGACAUAACCGACCGGGCCACAGCGGCGCUAGCAGCAGCGAUUGCAGCAGCAGCAGGAGCGGCCGGCCGGGCAGGGAGAAAACCUCAAGCACAAACUGACAGCUGCAUCUUACUGGGAAGGCUUGAGAACGGGUUGUCUCUCUCACUACCCUCGCUGCCCCUGCUGCCCCCUCGCCCUCCAGAUACCAGUGGGAGGGGCCAGGUGGCAGCAGCAGAGGCAAUGCGCAGUCGGAGCGGUGACAGGCUGUCGCCACCUGGCGUGAUGAGCAAAUCGUGGCUCGAUUUGACCCGGAGCUUCCAGAUGAAUGAACAGUGUCAGGUGAAUCCUCAUGUUCAGGUGGAGCGCAGCAGAAGCAACGACAGGCUGUCGCCACCUGGCAGAAGGUUACUGCAGUGGGGAGGGUCCUUCCAGGAAGGUGAUUCUGGCAGAAUGAGUGGUGGCGGCGAGAGCGUUUCUGCUGACCUUGCUGUCUGGGAGCAAGCACUGCUGAAAAGGAAGGGCAAGGCGCAGCAGCAGGAAGGGGAGGGGGAGGGGGAGGGGGAGUGGGGAGGGGAGCACCGGGAGGGGAAGGAGCAGUGGAGGCAGCAGCAGCUGUUUCAGCAGGAAAAGGAGGCGGUUGCAGGAUCCCUGAAACCGGAUGCUGCUCAUGCUCCUGCUGCUCCUGUCAGGGCCCCUGCCACUGCUGCUGCCCCAGAGAGGCCGUUCACUCCCCCUCUGGUGCGAGCAGGCAGCUGGAACAGGGGCAGUACCCCUGCUGCCACUGCUGGUAUUCUUACCACCCCUGCCCCCGCCACUGCUGCUCCUGCUGCCACUGCUGCCACUGCUGCCACUGCUGCGUCAGAGACUGUGUUCACUCCGCCUCUGAUCCGAGCGGGCAGCUGGAAGAGGGGCAGCGGCCGGGUGUCCACCUGGGGAGGCGCGGGAGCAACGGUAGUGCCAGGUGCGUGGGGAGGCGUGGGCGCACAAGCGGAGGCGGGCCCUGGCAGGCUGACGGCGUCGCUGAGUGGGCGGCUGGGAGAGGUGCUGCUGGCAGUAGAACAGCAGGCGCAGCGCUUCUCCACCCCUCCUGGUGCUGCUGUAGGUUUCACUGGGGAAGGUGCAGCUGUGGUAGCAGCAGGCGGUGCAGGUGCAUGUGCAGGGCCGGCAGUGGCAGCAGGGGAGGCGGGCCCUGGCAGGCUGACAGCGUCGCUGAGUGGGCGGCUGGGCGAGGUGCUGCUGGCUGUAGAACAGCAGGCCCAGCGCUUCUCCACCCUUCCUGGUACCAUGGGUUUCACUGAGGGGGCUAUGGGCGCUCUAGAUGGUCUAGUUGCCUCGGCAGAAGCAGCUGCUGCCGUGGAAAGCGCAGCUGCUGUGGCGACUGGAACUACUAGUGGAGGUGCAGAGGCAGCAGUGGUGCAUGGGAAGUCAACCAGGUCUCCUCGCGCAAAGGGGGUGGGGGAGGGCGUGGCUGAUUCGAGGCCCCCAAAGUCCCCCCAGAGGGUGAGGGAGACACAGCAGGGUGAAGGCAGGGAGCAGCUAGAGGGCAGAGGGGAGGGCAAGAAUGAGGCUGCUGCGGUAAUGUGGGAGGAGAAGGGGGUCUCAGUGGCUGCAUCUGGAGUAGCAGCCGCUGCAGGCGCUCCGAUGCAAGCAAAAGCAGCAGCAGGAGCAGCAGGAGAAGUAGCAGCAGCAGGAGCAGGGAUAGCAGCAGCGACAGCAGUGGCAGCAGAAGCAGGGGAGGGGCGUUCAAGGGAGCCGGACAGACGGGAAGAGGGCUGGAACAGGGGAGCAGGGGAGGGGUGGCAUGAGACAGUGGUGGUGGGGUACGGUGGGGACCACAGUCCCGAUGAUAGGGAUGAGAGGGCGUCUGUGGGUCAAGGCUUGCAGGGCAAAUCACGACAGGGGCUAGGACUAGGGCGGGGUUUAGGGUUUGGAUCGGGUUUAGAGGGAGAGCGGGGUGUGCGUUUUCCUAGAGAGAUUUCUUUCCGUGAUUCUGGGGAGGUUUCCAUGAGAGAAGGGGACAGGGGAAUGGCUGCUGCAGUGGCAGACGGUGGGGAGGGAGAGGAGCAGGUGGGACGGGGAGAGGAGGGGGAGCAAAGUGGUGGGAUGGAUGGGGUGGGUGAAGUGAGAGAGGUGAUGGCCGCGGAGGUUGUAUCACACCGAGAGGUUGAGAUGUGGGAGAGUAGGCGGCUGGUUAAGGAGUAUGAUGGCUCUGUUGCAAAAACACCUGAGGUGGCUCCUGAAGGAGCACCUGAGGGGUCUCGCCUUGCGGGGCCAUCAGAUGGAGCGAUUCACCUGCGAUUGGUUCGGAUGAGUCGAGGCAGCGAGCUUAGCACUCCGUUUGAUGCUGCUGCUGCUGCCACCAGCUUCGAUGCUGCUGCUGAUGACGCUGCUGCUCCCUUCAAUGCUGCCUUCGUGAGUAAUUUUGGUGCGAUUCCUUCAAGCAGCGGUGCUUUUGGCAGCCUAUCUAGUGCUGCUGGUGAAGCAGCGGCGGCUGAAGGGCAGUGUGAGAAGCAAGGGAGGGAGUGGGAGCAAGGGCAGGUGUGGCAGGAGACAGUGGGUGGUAUUGUUGGGAAGGAGGCGCAGUUGCAAGCGGUGGCUGCAGAAGAGGGCAAGGACAUGGUGGAGGAAGUGGACCAAGUUAAGGAACGGGAGGGGGAUAUUUUAACAGGGGAGGGGGAGGAGAUGGUGGUAGGCGGAGGAAAGAAGGUGAGAAGAGAGAAGGUCGGAGGAAAGGGAGCAGAAUGGGCGAUUAGAGACAGCGACUGGGAGGUACAGGACCAGCAGCAGCAGCAGCAGCAGCAGCAGCAGCAGCAGCAGCAGCAGCAGCAGCAGCAGCAGGAGGACCAGCAGCAGCAGCAGCAGCAGCAGCAGCAGGAGGACCAGCAGCAGCAGCAGCAGCAGCAGCAGCAGGAGGACCAGCAGCAGCAGCAGCAGCAGCAGCAGGGAGAUAUCGGAGCAGGAGCAAUAGUGGGAGAAAGAGUAGCAGCAGAGGGAGGGGUGAGUGGCGGCGUGGAUGAGAGCCUGCUGUUGGAGAUAGUCAAAGAGAGGCUCAAGCUCGAGCGGACCAGCUCGGGCAAGCUGCUGCCCUACAAGUACGGCUUCUGGGGGCGGCACGACAGCGCUGGGCGGCAUGACAGCAUCGGGCGGCAGGACAGUCUGGGGAAGAGGGAGGAAGCGGGGGGUAGUGAGGUGCGAGAGCAGAGCAAGGCAGGGGCGCAUGGCGACGCAGGAUGGGGAGUAGUCGGGGAAGGAGCAGAGGCAGGAAAGGCAGGAAUGGGGGGAGGAGCAGAGGAGGACUGGAGGGUGAUAGCAGCGGAAUUCAAGGGAAUGAAUGACGAGACGUCAGAGGACCAAGGGCUGGGUAUGGCGUAUGGGGGGUCAGGAGCAGACGCAGGAGGCGGAACAGGAGCAGGAGCAGCGGAGGGAGGGGGCAUAGGAGCAGGGGCAGGAGCAGGGGCAGGGGCAGGGGCAGGGGCAGGGGCAGGGGCAGGGGCAGGGGCAGGGGCAAAGCCAGGCGCGGGGACGAGCACAGAGAGGGGAAGAGCGAGCAGAAGCGUGAAGGCACUAUCCGAGGAGGAGGAAGCAGUGGUGAUCUGCAGAAUUUGCGAGGAGGAGGUGCCGGUGCGGGUGCUACAGGAGCACUCGUGCCUGUGCGCCCUGGCGAACCGCUGCGACGACCCGCGGUUACCACUGGACGAGCGGCUCCAUCGGCUGGGGACGGGGCUGGAUGCCGUGGUUGCUGAGCUGUCUGUGCGGCUUGAGGCUGCUUAUGACUCUGCUGCUGCUGCUGCUGCUGCUCUUAAGGUGACUGAGGCAGCUGCUAACGAGGAUGCUGUAAACGGGGAUGCUGGUAAUGAGACUGCUUUUAAGGAGAGUGCUUUGAAGGAGGCUGCUUAUAACGUGCCUGCUGUUGUCAGUGCUCCUGUUGAUAGUGAUUGGCAGUUUUCUGCUGGGAUGGGGGUUGAAGACAAGGCACCUGGCCCACACACAGUGCUGGAGGCUGGCUCUGAGGCGCCUCAAAAGGAGGCACUUGGCUCACUCAAGGUGCUGUUGAAGCAGCCACAGAAGCCAUGUGAGGAACUGGAGAGAGAAAACGAGCUGGGAGGAGGAGGAGAGGAGCAGCAGAAGGCUCUAGGGGAGAAGGAGCAGCAGCAGCAGCGUCUAGCCCAGCAAGGCUCACUUCUUCACCAGCAGCAGCAACCGCCACCACCGCCAUCAGCUUCGCCACCACACCUGGAGCAACAGAAACUGCAGCAGCAGCAGCAGCAGCAACAGCAACAGAAACUGCCACCACAGCAGCAGCAGCAGCAGCAACAGCAACAGAAACUGCCACCACAGCAGCAUCAGCAGCAGCGGUCGCCUCUGUCAGUGCGCACAUCUCAGGCGCACGGCAGCCCGUGGAAACUCGACCUCGUGCCCCUCAUGAAACGAGCCGGCCUCUCCCUCUCCAACUCCUCUUCCCCCAACCUCUCCCCCGCCAGGCGAACGGCUCUUUCCAAUGCCUCCUCCCCCACCCACUCCCCUGCCAAACGUGCUGCCAUCUCCAGUGCCUCUUCCCCCUCCCUCUCCCCUGCUGCCAAGCAUGCGGGUGCUCAUUCUGACUCCUCCUCGCCCACCCCAUGCCCCACGUCCAGCCUGUCAGGCAGUGGGAGGGAGCUUUCAGCUCCGCCCUCCGCCUCAUCUGCAGGAGUAGUAGGAGGAACGGCUGUAGCGACUGCAACAGCUGUAGUGGCUGCAACAACUGCAACAACUGCAACAACUGCAGCAACUGCAGUGACUGCAAUAACAAACACAGCGCCAACAGCAACUGCCACAACAGCACAACCUGUGGCGGCAGCUACAGCACCGUCAGCAGCUAAAGCAGCAGCAACAGCAGCAGUGCCAACCGUUGCCACUGCUAUGACAUUGCCCAUUGUGCUCCCAACCACUCAACCCUUCCCAACCCCUCAAUCCCUCCCAACCACUCAACCCCUCCCAACCACUCAACCCCUCCCAGCCACUCAACCCCUCCCACCCGCUCAAAUAAGCGUUCUAAUAUCACACAGCCUACAGUCACAGGCCCUACAAUCACCGACUCUGCAGUCACACAGCCUGCCAGGAGCCCAGUCACUAGGGGCACACCAUUGGGGAAGUGGGAGCAGCAUCGGACCCGGCAGUCGGAUGCCUGGGGGGCAGUCGGCGCUGAGGGGAGGGGGCAGUGUGGGGAGCGAGCUGGAGCUGAUGGGAGGAGGUGUAGCGGUGGGGGAGAUUGAUGAAGAAAUCAAUGUGCUGAACGACCUGGCAGAUAUAGCGGAGGAUGUGGGGGAGGUGCAGGUGGGGCAAGCGGACGCCCUCCCCCUCCUCUCCACCGACAUUCGAGACCUCUCCGCUCUCCUCCGAUCACACGCUGCCCGCUUCCCCUGCGUCCAGAUCUUCGGUCUACGGAUAGCGAUACUGCUGCAGGAGAAGUACCACCGAGUCUUACAGCUGCGAGCCCUGCAGGACGGACCCGAAGCAGCAGCCGAUUCCCCCAGGGUGGCCGUAACCUCUAUGGGGAGCAAUGGAAGUAGGGGAGGAGGGGGAGGAGGGGGCGGAGGGAUGGAGGAGCAGCGCACGACGAUUGACGACUUUGAGAUCAUCAAGCCCAUCAGCAAGGGCGCGUAUGGGCGCGUGUUCCUGGCUCAAAAGCGGGCCACGGGGGACCUCUUUGCCAUCAAGGUCCUGCGCAAAGCGGAUAUGAUCCGCAAAAACGCUGUCGAGAGCGUGCAAGCCGAACGGAACAUCCUGGCAUCAGCCAGAAGUCCCUUUGUGGUGCGGUGUUUCUACUCGUUCACGUGCCGUGAGAACCUGUACAUGGUGAUGGAGUACCUGGACGGGGGCGACCUCUUCUCCCUGCUGCGGGCUUGCGAGGCUCUUGAGGAAGACACUGCCCGCUUCUAUGCCGCCGAACUGGUGCAAGCUCUGGAGUAUUUGCACUCGCUAGGUGUUGUGCAUCGCGACAUCAAGCCCGACAACCUGCUCAUAGCGCAUGACGGCCACAUCAAGCUGACCGACUUUGGUCUGUCCAGGGUGGGUCUUAUCAACAGUGCCGGGGACCUCUCCACCAAUCAGCAGCAGCCCAUUCCCUCCCACCACGCCUCUGCUCCGUCCUCCCCUGGCAAGCUCUUCCCCAAGUCUUACAGCAUCAGCUCAGAAGGCGGGGGCGCAGACUCGCCCCACUGGACCGCCUCCAGCCUGCAGGACUUCCCCUCGUCCCAAUCCGGGCCGCCCUCCACCCUAUCGGGCCCCCACUCCAACCCUGCCUCGGGCUACGCCUCGCCCCUGCAUGCACCCGGGUAUGCCUCGCCCUUGCAUCCGUCGGGCUGCUCAUCCCCUCUGCACCCCUCGGGUUUAGGGGGAGGAGGAGGGUUAGGGGGGUCGUCUUGCUCCUCGCCUUCACACUUUGCAGCAGGGGGAGGAGGGGGAGGGGGAGGAGGGAUGCACUGUGCAUCGCCCUCGCAGUUGAUCACGCAGCGGUGGCAGCAGCAGGCGCAGCACGCCUCCCUGCUGAGGCGGCUGGCGGGGGGCGGGGAGGGCAGUGGGGGAAGCAGCGGCAGCGUCGGUGGGAGUGGGGAUGGGGCCCUGUUGAGUGGCAGGAGCGGUGGGAAUGGGGCAGGCAGUGUGCUGAGUGGAGUUGGGGAGGGGAGGAGGGGGGAUGGGAUGGAUGGGGAUGGUGCUUUGCCUGAUACCGGAACAGCAGUGGCUCGUGGGGAUGAGGCGGAGGAGGAUGAGGAGGAGGAGGAGGAUGAUGAUGAUGAGGAGGAGGAGGAGGAGGAAGAGGAGGAGGAGGAGGAGGAGGUGGGCUACGAGGAAGGUGUAAGAGGCGGGGAGGAUGGCCAAAAGCAUCACAGUCCGACUUGUGGUAAAGAAGGUCAUUGUGCUGCGGCUGACAGUAACAGUGCAGGCCCCUGCUCUGCUGCCGGCGCUGCUGCUGCCACUGCUGCUGGUAAUGCUGGGGGAACGGUGGGGAGAGGAGAAGAGAACGAAGAAGCUGCAGAACGAGGAGGGAGGGAGGGAGCAGCGGGUGAGGGGGGAGGGAGGGCAGGAGUAAGAGCAGAGGGGGAAGGCAGGGGAGAAGCAGCAGGGAGAGGGGGCAGGGUCGCCGUGGAGGCAGUGGGUACGCCAGACUACUUGGCUCCGGAGAUUCUGCUCGGCCUCCCUCAUGGCCCUGCAGCGGACUGGUGGUCGGUGGGGGUGCUGCUGUACGAGCUGCUGGUGGGGAUUCCCCCAUUCAAUGCACCCUCACCUCAGCAAAUCUUUGACAACAUACUGAACCGCGACAUCACAUGGCCAGCUGUGCCUGAAGACAUGUCGUACGAAGCAAAGGAUCUCAUUGACAGGCUCCUCACCUUUGACCCGGAGGAGCGCCUAGGGGCGCGGGGAGCAGAGGAGAUCAAGAACCAUUAUUUCUUUCGCACCAUUGAUUGGGACACCCUCUCCUCUGAAACGCCGCCAUUCAUCCCCGAGACUGAGAACGCUCAUGACACGAGCUACUUUGCAUCGCGCUACGGGCCAAACGCCAUGGACGGGGAAGUCGUGGGCGGCGGGGGAGAUGGCCGCAGCAGCAACUACAGCAGCAGCGGUGGCAGCACGAGCGACUCUGAGGACUUGGAAUUGGAAAGGGGCGAUGAGGCGGGUGACAUGCCGGCAUUCCAGUCCAGCGCAGUUGACUUCUCAGGCUUCUCCUUCAAGAAUCUCUCCCAACUAGCUUUCAUCAACACAGAGAUUCUUGAAAGGCGACCCAGUGGAACAGCAGUUGAGCCCACCCAGUGGAACAGCAGUUGAGCCUCUGAUGUGAGAGCAAGAUACAAGAAAGUAUGCGUGCCACUGUCGGAGAUGCUUUUAUCAAGUUUUUUUUUUCAGCCUUCUUGUAUAAUAUUUUCCUACCUGCAUGGUGGGGGCAUUCCCUUUCCAUCGUUUAUGUAAAGUUGCUUAGAGGUAAAGUUUUUAACAGAGUAGUAAUAAUUUUCAGAAAUAUAG